ACUUCCCGCCACCACCAUCUCCGCCAUCAUCCACCAUGAUCGCCACCGCAUAAGGCGGAAACCUAGAUUUCAAAUAUGGUGCAAUUUCACGAGCAUAUAAUCACAGAACUUCUAGAAGAUUCCAACGGUGGUUUAAUAGUUACCUCAUCAGGUCUCGGUCUUCAUAAACUCAUAUCCUCCCUUUUCCUUCUCCACCACCACUCCCAAGGCUGCUUACUUAUCCUCUCUGCCACUCCUCCUCAGAAAAGCUCCAUCUUACGAAAUUACGAAAAUGACAUUCAAUCCCAAAUCUCUGGUGAAGUUCCGAAUUUACCGUCGGAGAUCACUUCAGACUUGCCGGCGAACCAGAGGCUGUCACUGUACACUUCCGGGGGCAUUUUAUUCAUCACUUCCCGGAUUCUUAUUGUUGACCUGUUGACACAUCGUCUUCCGACAACUGCUGUUGCCGGACUUGUUAUUCUCAACGCUCAUUCGCUUUCGGAUACGUCAACAGAGGCAUUUAUUGUACGUAUUUUGCGGUCAACGAAUCGUUCUCUCUAUGUUCGUGCAUUCUCCGAUCGUCCUCAUUCUAUGGUUUCUGGUUUUGCUAAAGCUGAGAGAACGCUUAAAUGCCUUUUCCUUAGAAAGCUUCAUCUUUGGCCUCGAUUCCAGGUUUAUGUAUCCCAGGAUUUGGAGAGUGAUCCACCAGAGGUUGUGGAUAUAAGGGUACCGAUGUCAACAUAUAUGAUUGGGAUUCAGAAAGCAGUGAUUGAGGUGAUGGAUGCAUGUUUGAAGGAAAUGAGAAAGACUAAUAAGGUUGAUGUAGAAGACUUGACAGUGGAGAAUGGUUUGUUUAAGUCGUUCGAUGAGAUAGUGAAAAGGCAGCUAGAUCCCAUCUGGCAUACCUUAGGGAAGAGAACGAAGCAGCUUGUUUCAGAUUUAAAGACAUUAAGAAAGCUGUUGGAUUACCUUGUUAGGUAUGAUGCUGUAACUUACUUGAAGUAUCUAGACUCACUUAGAGCAUCAGAGAGUUUCCGGUCCGUCUGGAUAUUUGCAGAGUCCAGUUACAAGAUCUUUGAGUAUGCUAAAAAGCGAGUUUAUCAUUUUGGGAGGUCAGAUAGUGGAAAACUGGGGCUGAGUAAGACUGUAUCAACCAAAAAGAGAAAGCUUAAUGACAGCAAGAAGGAUGAAGAUCAGUCAACAAGUGCAGAGAGCAGGGUCGUUUUGGAGGAAGUCUUGGAGGAGCCACCAAAGUGGAAGGUCUUACUUGAUGUCCUAGUGGAGAUACAAGAGGAAAGAGAUAAACAGGCAUCGUCUGGAGAAGAGAAAGAUCAUCUGGGUGAUGGGGAUGACAAUGGAAUUGUUUUAGUUGCUUGCAAAGAUGAAUACUCAUGCAUGCAACUCGAAGAUUGCAUCACAAAUGGCUCACAGAAGGUCAUGCGUGAAGAGUGGGAAAAGUAUCUGUUGAGCAAGGUACAGCUGCAAGCAUUGCCAAAACGCAAUGCCAAGAAAGCUAAAGAGCCUAAAGGGUUUGGGGUACUUGAUGGUGUUGUUGCAUCACCUGGAAAGAAAGCAGAAGUUAGUAGCAUAAGCAAGCAGGAGCAUGAUGCACUGCUGGCAGCUGCAUCUGAAGUUAGCAAAAGAAUCAACAAGGAUAUUAUUGGUGAAGGUGAUAAUCAGAAACAUGUGGAUGGUGUAGGUUCUGUAAAAGGAAAGGGUAAAGGAAAGAAAAAGAAAGGUUCAGCUGGUGAAAAAACCAACAAUGAUGUGGCACCUGAAGAAAAUGCAAUGGAAGGCAGAUGUUUGAAUGAAGUGUUUCUUCGAAAGCACGACCAAGGUCUGGAUGUUGAGUCUUCAAGAGAAACUAAGAAGAUCCCACCAGUGGUUUUCUAUGCCUUGGAGAGUGAUAAAAAAAUUCUUGAUAUUUUGAAGCCCUCUACCAUUAUUGCUUACCAUCCUGAUAUUGCAUUUGUGAGAGAGGUUGAGAUCUAUAAAGCUGAGAACCCUUCAAGAAAGGUUAAGGUGUACUUUCUCUUCUAUGAAGACUCUACUGAGGUGCAAAAGUUUGAGGCAAGUGUGCGUAGAGAAAAUGGAGCAUUUGAGUCCCUUAUAAGACAGAAAUCACUGAUGAUGAUCCCAGUAGAUCAGGAGGGACGUUGUCUGGGACUGAAUUCCUCCAAUGAGCCUCAGUCCGUUAUAUCUCAAAAUCAUAUAACCAGAAAAGCUGGUGGAAGAAGAGAAGCAGAAAGGGAAAUGCAAGUCAUUGUGGACAUGAGAGAGUUCAUGAGUACUCUUCCUAAUGUGCUUCACCAGAAAGGCAUGCGCAUUAUACCAGUGACCCUGGAAGUUGGUGAUUACAUACUUUCUCCGUUUAUAUGCGUAGAAAGAAAGAGUAUCUCUGAUCUAUUUGGCAGUUUUGCAUCGGGCCGUCUUUACCACCAGGUGGAAAUGAUGUCACGUUAUUACCGGAUUCCUGUUCUUCUUAUUGAGUUUUCACAGGAUAAAAGCUUUUCAUUUCAGUCAGCUAGUGAACUUGGUGAUGACGUAACCCCAAAUAGCAUUAUCUCAAAGCUUUCCUUGCUUGUUCUCCACUUUCCUCGGCUUCGCAUUAUCUGGUCUCGUAGUCUGCAUGCAACCGCCGAAAUAUUUGCAUCUCUUAAAUCAAACCAAGAUGAACCCGAUGAGGUCAAGGCCAUUAGAGUGGGUGUACCAUCAGAAGAGGGUGUUGUUGAAAAUGAUGUCAGAGCUGAGAAUUAUAAUACAUCUGCGGUAGAGAUGUUGAGACGUCUGCCAGGUGUGACAGAUUCCAACUAUAGGGCAAUAAUGGCUGGGUGCAAAAGCUUGGCGGAACUUGCCAUGCUUCCGGUGGAGAGAUUAGCAGAAUUGAUGGGUGGUCAGAAGGCUGCCAAAAUGUUAAGGGAAUUCCUCGAUGCAAAAUACCCAACCUUGCUCUAACUCCCCAUAGGACUGCUUAAUGCAAUGGUUCUAGGAAACGACCUAGCUAUACUGUUGUAUCAUCAUCGGCACGUCCCCAGAUCUUACCUGCUGGGAGAUGGGAAAAAGUUAUCAUGGCCAUUUCCAUCAUGUAGUUCUUAGGAUUUUUAUUGCUUUGUUCAUUUAUUUAUUAUGAGUUUGCUGUCAUUGCAAUCUGUGAGCUCAAUUGUGGAGCUUUGCAAAUUCUAAUUGUAAUUUUAAAGAGGCUUUCUCUGGCGUGAUUCUUUCUGAAUGAUUUGGUCAAUGUGCAAUGGAAUUUAAAGGUGUUAGGCCAA